GCCAGUGCCAAGGAGCCUGGAAGGGGAACCGAAGACUACCGCCAGGCUGAGCGCUGGGGAGGCACGCCAGGGACCCGGGGUCUCACCGAGAGCUGGACAGACGGGCAGGAAGCCCAGGACCUCUCCUUUCUCCCACCUCACUGCUGCACGAUCAGAUCAAUCAUCCCUCAGGCACCUCCACCUCUCCUUGGCUGAACCGCUCCAGGAAGUUUCCACCAGAGAGCCGCAAUACAAGAUUACCCUUGGCCAGCGAACUCAGAAAGCCCUGCUGGCGCUCUGGUGGGGUGAAAACAACCACUUUUGGCCUCUGCUGGAGGAGGAGAAAGGAAGGUUGGGAGGCUUUGAGAUCGGGCGGUCAUGGCCUCAUCCAGUGACUCCAGCAAAGAUUGCUCCCGUGUCAUCGAUCACAGCCACGUCCCCGAGUUUGAGGUGGCUGCGUGGAUAAAAAUCACCCUCAUCCUCGUGUACCUGGUCAUCUUCGUGGUGGGCAUCCUAGGGAACAGCAUCACCAUCCGGGUCACUCAGGUACUGCAGAAGAAGGGCUAUUUGCAGAAGGAGGUGACGGAUCACAUGGUGAGUUUAGCUUGCUCGGACAUCUUGGUCUUUCUGAUUGGCAUGCCCAUGGAGUUCUACAGCAUCAUCUGGAACCCACUGACCACGCCCAGCUACGCGCUGUCCUGUAAGCUGCACACGUUCCUCUUCGAGGCGUGCAGUUACGCCACGUUGCUGCACGUGCUGACGCUCAGCUUCGAGAGAUACAUCGCCAUCUGUCAUCCUUUCCGGUAUAAGGCCGUGUCUGGACCCUGUCAAGUGAAACUGCUCAUCGCUUUCGUCUGGGUCACCUCCGCCCUGGUGGCAUUGCCCUUGCUUUUUGCCAUGGGCACUGAGUAUCCCUUGCUGCACGUGCCCACUCACCGGGGGCUCAAUUGCAACCUCUCUCGGACCCGUCACCACGAACAGCCCGAGACCUCCAACAUGUCCAUCUGCACCAACCUCUCCAAUCGCUGGGUGGUAUUUCAGUCCAGCAUCUUUGGGGCCUUUGCAGUCUACCUCUUGGUGCUGGUCUCGGUGGCUUUUAUGUGCUGGAAUAUGAUGAAGGUGUUGAUGAGGAGCAAGCAAUCCAAGACGGGGCCGCAGCUACAGCUGAGAAAGUCCGAGAGUGAGGAGAGCCGCACCGCCCGCAGACAGACCAUCAUCUUCCUGAGGUUGAUUGUUGUGACGUUGGCUGUUUGCUGGAUGCCCAACCAAGUCCGGAGGAUCAUGGCUGCAGCCAAGCCCAAGCACGACUGGACCAGGUCUUACUUCCGGGCAUACAUGAUCCUCCUCCCCUUCUCCGACACCUUCUUCUACCUCAGCUCUGUGGUCAACCCGCUCCUGUAUAAUGUGUCUUCGCAGCAGUUCCGUAGGGUGUUCGGGCAGGUGCUCCGUUGUCACCUGACUCUGCAGCAUGCCAACCACGAGAAGCGCCUGCACACCCACACCAGCUCCGCCACGGACAGCACCCGCUCCUACCGCAGCCCGCUCCUCCUCUUAGCUUCCCAGCGCAAUUCCUCCGUCAGGCGAACCAAGAAGGUGUUCUUAAGCACUUUUCAGGCUGAGCCCCAGCCUGAGUGCAAGCCCCAGCAAACAAGCCUGGAGUCACCUCAGAAUGACGACUCAGGGACAAAAUCAGCAUCAGCCACUUCGGCAGCAGGGAAUGGCUUACAAGAGCACGAAGUGUGAAGGUCAAGUUCAGAAGCCUCCAGCAGGGAACCGGCCCUCCCCCACCACACACAGACAGCAACAACACCCUCACACAGCUGCCACGACAUAAAGUGGACCUCCGUAAGGGACAGCAGGGAAGCUGGAGGCUUUGGAAGGGCAGGUGCACACUGUACGGCUGGCUUCUAAGGGCCGGUUGUGCCUGCCUGGCUUUCCUGAUGGUAGCGGGGAUGGGGCUGCUCAACUUCUGCUCCGCGCCCUUCCUCCAAGCGCACACUGGAAAUUCAGACUGAAUUUAUUCAGAGCUUACAAGGCUGUUUGUAUGUGAAGCUCUUUCAUUAUUUGCAAAUGAACAAAAAGCCUCCCUUCUUUACCCAGCAUAAAAGAACACCCUGAAGAGACGUGGGGAAGCGGAGUGCGAGGGCCAGAAGGACAAGGCGGGAGGAGGGGGCCCCUCCUUCAGCUUCAGCAGUGCACCAAGAAGAGGGCUAAUGUGAGGAGCAGGACGGUGGUGGGAAGCUCCGGUCUGAUGGCUGAGGCAGAGCUGCCUCUUUUCUUGGGCCUUGGCCCAUUGCAAAGAGGGGUGUUGCAGCAGCUGAUACACACUGAGUUCAGUUUCCCAGGGGAGCAGAAGGACUGGUACCCAGCGGAGGCGAUGAGGCAGGCUGCCGAUGAAGCACAUGACUUGCGGUACAUGAUUCCUGUAACACAGACCCGAAGCAACUGUUAAUGGGUGCUGGCCAUGCCCAGCCAGUCCUGUCAACCCACCUGCAGGUGAACAGCUCUUUGUCACUUCCUCCCACAGUGAGAGAGACGUGGGGGUGGGAUCACGAAGCUGCUCUGGGAUAACUGCAUGGAUUUCCCCACAUGCACAUCACCUCUGGAGAAUGCGAACGUCACCACUGCACUGCCUUUGAUAGAGCUCUUCUGAAAGCUCCUUUCAUUACUGAUAUCAGUGAAAUAAAGAAGUGUCAGAUCAAA